AUGCUGAUAUCAUAUCGCAGCAUGCGGUGCCUCAAGCUGCGACCAACACUGAUCGGGCGCGCCAUCUUCCUUAUCGCAAGCCUCGUGCUCGCCAACGCUGCAGUCUGGGUUGCAGCUGGUAUCGCCUACAGCGGCGCAGACGGUCUCCUCGGCAUCGCCAUGCUCGCGUGGACGCUCGGCUUGCGACAUGGCCUGGAUGCAGACCAUAUCUGUGCAAUUGAUAAUGCGACGCGCCAGAUGGUCAGCCUUGGCCAGCUGCCCAUGACUUGCGGCCUCUUCUUCUCUCUUGGCCACUCCACUAUCGUGAUUGCAGUCAACAUCGCGCUGGCUAUCAGUGUUGACAUCUUUGACCGUCUCGGCAAGGUCGGCGACGUCGGUGGGAUCGUGGGCACCGCCGUGUCCGCGUCCUUCCUCUUCCUCGUCGCCGUCAUCAACUCGUACUUCCUCGUCGGCGCUAUCCGUGCACGCAAGCGCGCCAAAGAACGGCAGCGCCUCGGCCUGCCUCCAGACGAUGACAUCAGUAUACAGGGCGGCGGGUGUCUUGUACGCAUCAUCGGGCCUAUCCUCAAGGCUGUCGACAGGCCGUGGAAGCUCUACCCGGUCGGCGUCCUAUUCGGAUUCGGCUUUGACACAGCGUCCUCCAUCGCACUCCUCGCGCUUAGCGCUAUUGCCACCCGUGGACCAAACGGCCAGGCGAUCGCGCAUGGCAGGAUUGUCAUUCUUCCCUUCCUCUUCACAGUCGGUAUGGCGCUGGUGGACACGCUCGACAGCAUCCUCAUGUUGUACGCGUACGCGCAGCCCGAGCUGCGAACCGAGGGCAAGUUGUCUCUCGUCGAGCGGGACAAGAAGAUGUUCGUGCCCAUGCCGGAACCAGAAGGGGAGUCUACAGUGUCCCAAGAGGUGGAUCAGAGCUUCUCCAAGCCGCCUUUGGAACCCAGUAGCUCCAUUGAUCAGAACACCUCCAAACUUCAGCCCACAGAGGAAUCAUCGGUCGCGGCCGUAGAGGUGGAUGCCGCAGAGCAGCGGCGGCGGCGCGUGCUCGCUGUCAAGACAGCGACGAUGGGCAGCCUAUCUAUCAGCCUCACGAUUCUCUCCAUCGCUGUGGCUCUGGCCAUCUCCCUGAUCGAAAUCAUGGGGCUGAUCGGCGAGAACUGCAGCCGUUGCGUUACGGCAGCGGAGGCCGAGGACGGUGGUGGUCUGGAAGGGAGCUGGUGGCGCGCAUGGGCCAAUGCGAAUGACGCGAGCGGAUAUGUGGGUGCGGCGAUUGUCGGUGUCUUCGUCCUCAUCCUGGUUGUGUAUCAUGGAGCGCGGUGGUGGUGGAAAAAGCGCAGCAAGAAGGGUGGUGCACCGGAAGCAGAGCCAGUGCCAGCGCCCGCGCCCGAGACUGCAGAGGUGUAG